AUGUGUCUGGCUGCAGCACGGGGAAGCUCCAGCACAAAGGACGGCGUAUUCACACCCGCGAUCUGAACGCUCCGAGCUCUGGUCUUUGAAAAGUUUUAAAGAUUUGUGUUGUUGUGAAACAUUUGUUCUCCGUCGGCGCCGAUCACAGAGGUGGAAUUUCUCGUUUGCUGGGCUUGAAUCGUUUCCCUGUCGCUGUGGGAAGGCACAGUUAGAAGUACAGGCACACGGAGCAACACGUAUCUACUUUGGAAACACUUUUUUUUAAUUUAACGACUCCUCGCACAGAGCAAGGAAAAGGACAGAAAAAAUGCCGAAAGCGGUCAAUGUUCGCGUCACCACCAUGGAUGCUGAGCUGGAGUUUGCCAUCCAGCCCAGCACGACUGGCAAGCAGCUGUUUGACCAGGUGGUGAAAACCAUCGGCUUGCGUGAGGUCUGGUACUUCGGACUUCAGUAUAUGGAUGGCAAAGGAUACCACACUUGGCUAAAACUGGACAAAAAGGUGUCGUCCCAGGACGUGAAGAAGGAGAACCCACUGCAAUUUAAGUUUCGGGCCAAGUUCUUCCCAGAGGAUGUGUCUGAGGAGCUGAUCCAGGACAUCACCCAGAAGCUGUUCUUCCUGCAGGUGAAGGAGGGCAUCCUGAGCGACGAGGUUUACUGUCCACCAGAGACGGCCGUGCUGCUGGCCUCCUACUCUGUUCAGGCCAAAUUUGCAGAUUAUACCAAAGAAGUCCACCGGCCUGGAUACCUCCUGUCUGAACGCCUGCUUCCACACAGAGUCCUGGAGCAGCACAAGUUAUCCAGAGAACAGUGGGAGGAGAGGAUUCAGGUGUGGCACGAGGAGCACGGCGGCAUGUUAAAGGAGGACGCUAUGCUGGAGUACCUGAAGAUUGCCCAGGACCUGGAAAUGUACGGCGUUAACUACUUCGACAUCAAGAACAAGAAGGGAACUGAGCUGUGGCUGGGAGUGGACGCCCUGGGACUCAACAUUUAUGAGAAGGACGACAAAUUGACCCCAAAGAUUGGCUUCCCCUGGAGUGAGAUCAGAAACAUUUCCUUCAACGAUAAGAAGUUCAUCAUCAAACCCAUCGACAAAAAGUCUCCGGACUUUGUGUUUUAUGCACCGAGACUGCGCAUAAACAAGCGCAUCCUGCAGCUGUGCAUGGGCAACCACGAGCUGUACAUGCGUCGCCGCAAGCCGGACACGAUUGAGGUGCAGCAGAUGAAGGCCCAGGCCCGAGAGGAGAAGCAGCAGAAGCAGAUGGAGAGGGCCCAGCUGGAGAACGAGAAGAAGAAGAGAGAGGCCAUCGAGAAAGAGAAGGAGCAGAUGGAGCAUGAGAAGAAGGAGCUGAUGAUGCGGCUCUACCAGUACGAGGAGCAGACCAAGAAGGCGGAGAAAGAGCUGCAGGAACAACUCCAGAGAGCCAUGAUGUUGGACCAGGAGCGGAGGAGAGCAGAGGAGGAGGCAAUUCGUCUGGAGUCAGAGCGUCAGGCUGCCUUGGUGGCUAAAGAGGAGCUGGCCCGCGAGGCUGAGAACCAGAAGAAGAGUCAGGAGCAGCUGGCUGCAGAGCUAGCAGAGCACACAGCCAAGAUUGCUGCGCUGGAGGAAGCCAAGAGACGCAAGGAGGAGGAGGCCAGCACAUGGCAGCUCAAGGCCAUGGAGGCCCAGGACGAUCUGAUCAAAACCAAGGAGGAGCUGAACACGGUGAUGACGCCCCUGCCCCUGCUCCCUCCACCUCCCCCGAUGUACGACAACAUGGACGACAACAGUGACAGCGAGGAGAACACCAGCACGCACAGCGCCGACCUGCAGAUGGAAGGAAUCAAUGACCACCGCAACGAGGAGGAUCGUCUCACCGAGGCUGAGAAGAACGAACGCGUCCAGAAUCAGCUGAAGGCCUUGACCUCAGAGCUGGCACAGGCACGUGACGAGUCCAAGAACACCCAGAACGACCUCCUUCACAGUGAGAACAUCCGGGCCGGCCGAGACAAAUACAAGACCCUGCGACAGAUCCGACAGGGCAACACCAAGCAGAGGAUCGACGAGUUUGAGGCCUUAUAAGAAGUCUUCGGCCCUCAGCCACUCGCCCUUUCUGAUUGGUCACUACAUGUCGCUCUUUGGCUGACACACGUCGACACACGCAAACUCAUGUAAAACACACAUCAGUUGCAGACUAAACUGGAGCAGUAUAAGCACAGCAGAAGCAUCACUCAGAGACACACUCCUGUUGUGAGUUUGUCUGGCGGUAUGCAGGGCUUUGCAAAUCCUUCGAAGAAAACUUAGUGCCAAAACCUCUCUUCUUAGUGUUUCAGAUAUUUUUGGUGUAUUUGAAUGUGUGUAAUUUGAUCAACUCAGACCAAAUCAUUAUUGUUUUUAUCCAGAGGUGAGAUGAAGUAAGGGGACUAGCAAAAAUUUUAAUAUUAUUUCAUGAUGUGCACAUACAAUAUGUAAUCAAAUCCUCGCUUUUUGAUGUUUGUCAUUUGUUGUGUAGGAAGACAAGGACAGUUCGUCGUUUACAGCGACCACUCAGAAAGGGGGAAAAUAGUAUAAGCAGGAAAAUGUAUGUUUGUUUUUGUUUUCCAUUAUAUUUGAACACUUCCAUUUAUGUUAAAUAUUGCUAUACAGUAGUUCAAAUCAUGCCUAGUUUGAUAUUUAUACUGUAUAUGGGACAUUAAAAAGGGUAUUUCAUCUUGGUUUGUAUAUUUUUGCUAUCUACUAAUGAAAACAUUUAAUGUUUUAAAGGUUUUAUAUAUUGACCAAAAUAAUAGCAGUCUUAUGUUCCAAUACGUUUUACUUUAGAUCACUAAAUUAAAGAGAUUUAAUUGUAAAUUAUUAUUUUUUACUGUAGGAAAUAUCCAGCUACAUGCCAUUAAAUCAGUAAAAGAGAUUGCUCUUUUUAGGUACUUUUGAGUAGUUUUUUUGCCGUGCAGUUCACAGCAUGCUGAGGAAUGUCUUUACCCUUGGAGCACUGUGUCAACUGGGACACGGUUUAAUAUAUUUUAUUUCUCUGUUCUGUGUCAUGUUGUCGUUGGGUGAGAGUUGAGCAUGUGUUUGCAUGCUUUUACCCUCCUAAGUGGCCUUUCUCUCUGACUGUCCCUCUGCAGGGUUCAGGCCCAGACAGUUGGUCCACAUCUCUUAGCCAAGGUGCAUAGUCUAGAAAAUGUGGAUGUUACGUUUCUUAGUGUUAGACCCCCACUGAGGAUAAAAUGAGGGUUGAGGUGAACUUUAUGAUGAGUUUUUAUUUUCUAGCUUGGUCAUGAUGGAUUGACUCAGACAGUAUAACACAACAACAUCUCACUCUCCUCUCUGUGGAUGUGGACUAGAGUAGCAUCUACUGACACUGUAAUGGAAACACACAGCUCCGCUGGCCUUUGUAUAUGAGCAGGAUUUUAUAAUGAGGUGUUCAACAUAUUGGCAAUAAAGAAAAAUCUGAUUACACAA